AUGGAGGAUCGCAACAAGAUAUCGCUUCGCAGCGGCAGGAGAAAGAAGAGGCCAACUAUCAGCGCGCCUCGACAGAUCUCAAGUCCGAUUCCUCAAGAUGCAUCGAAUACACCACCUCUCCCAGAUGCAGAUCCUAGUCAACAAGCUCCAGCUCGACCUCGUCCGCGUCCCCCUCCGAUGGCUGGUGGAAAGACUUCGGACCUUGUUAAGCGACGAUACUCCACACGAUUCAAUCAGCCAUCAUCUGGUCCCAAUGGCGCAGCACCCCCGAUGCCACAGAUGCCCUCACUGGGUAACUACGAGUCCAGAGAGAGCGCUGCCGCUUCCAGGCCGCCCCCAUCACGCUCGGGACCUGGCGUUGCUCCAGUUGUCGACAUCAAAGGCCUGCGCGAUCCUAAGCUGAAGCCGGAUCGAUAUGUCCAAGCGGCUUUGAGCGAUGCAACUGAGGACCAAAUCCGCGAGUUCGAGGAUUCAUUGCGCAAGGUCAAGACACGUGUAGGCAUGGAUUUGCAACAAAGUGUCAUGCAAAACAGAACACAGUUUAUCAAAAUUAGCAAGGAGGCCGAGAAACUCAAGAGCGAGAUGAGAAACCUAAAGAAUUUCAUGUCGGAGCUCAAGGUAAACACGACGGCUAUGAGAGCUGCUGCAGCAAAAAGUGAAGAGCCUGCGCCGAGCGAUUUUGGGGCUGCCCCUGGCAUCAGUAGCAGAAGAGAUAGGCGCACGUCUAUUGCCGACAGAAGCGCAAUGUGGAACUCUCAGAUGCAGGCCCUGUAUAAGGGCGUCGAGGGAUCGCAAAAGUUCCUCCCUAAUGCGGCAGGACGACAUGUUGUCCAAGACGCCGGCCCUUGGAUUGAGCUCGACAAUGCCACAUACAAGUCACGCAGAGCAAUGCAGAUCUUUCUGCUUAACGAUCACCUUCUUAUCGCAUCGCGUAAGAAGCGAAAGACAGAUGCGCCCAGUUCAGACGCACGAGGGCCGAUGAUGAAGUUGGUGGCGGAUCGCUGCUGGCCCCUGUUGGAUGUGGAAGUGGUGGACAUGUCGAGCACUGGAGAAUCAUCAAGUAGCGGACGCAAUAAGCUUGCGGACGCUAUUAUGGUGCGAGGUGUUGGUCAGGAAUCUUUUAUCUAUCGGACGGAGAAACCCCAAGACCCCGAAAAGAAACAACUGCUCCUUAAUGUGCGCAAGGCUAUAGAACAGCUGCGCAAGGGCCUUCGAUCGGAGAUGGAGGCUAACAACAAAGCUCGUGAGACCAUCAAUUACUUUGCCUCUCGAGAUCCAGGUCUCCUGCAAAAGACAGAGCUUCUUGCGACGCUAUCAGACAUCAAGGAUAUGCUCAUUGAGGUGGAUGGCAAGCAACAAAACCUGCGUUGGGUUGAAAGCGAGAUGGACGAUCUCGAUAUCGACGUUGCAAUGCAGAGAUUCGAAGAUGCUGUUGUCCGUGUUGAGAAGCUCAAAGCAAUUGCUCGCGGGUUGAAGAACCAUGCGAUCGCUCAAGACUUCAUCAACUUUAAAGUCAACGAACGAUGUGUCAAAUUGGCCAACAUGAUUGUCCGUGAACUCGAAAUGACACACGACAAUAACACAAAGACAAGACGCAACGUCAGUUGGUUGACGAGGCUUGGCUUUGAGGAUAGCGCCCGAGAGUCGUAUCUAGCGGCGAGGAGCAGCACAAUUCACAAACGAGCUAGGCAAUGCAUUUUCCAGGGAGAUCUGCAUUUGUACAUCUGGGAGCUCUCAUUUGUGUAUUUUAUGGUCAUCCAUAACACCGUGCAAUGCUUUCAGUCGUGCUUCCCACCACCCAUGAUGAGUGUAUGCGUCAAGUGGGCAAAGGAAGAGGUCGAUGCAUUUAAUGUCAUUCUGGCACGCCAGCUUAGUAGUACGGAGCCCAGAGGCCAGGUCUGGACGCAGUGUUUGGAGAGGGCAAAGGAGCACUCAAAGUUGCUAUCCGAAGUCGGAUUGGACUUUGAAAACUUGGUCGGAAAGAACCUGAUGGUCUAUGAACCAGUUGAACAGGAAGCUUCUGUGGGAUUGGGAUUAUCGUAA